AUGCCAUGGAAACCGAAGGAUGCCAUUGCCAACUUUCAGUAUUAUGGUCUUGAAGAGUUGCUGCAUGACAGUGCAUUGGAGCUUAUGCUUGUCACUGCAUGCUUACAAGGUGGUCAAGUUCCUGAGGAAGCAUCUCAGCAGUUUAACAGAGGGAACAUUGCUCUUUUGCCCCAGGAUCUGUCUGCACUGUCAAAUGUGCUUCCACCAACACAGAGCAAUCUACAAGGGGCCAUAGUUAGAUGUAUUAUUGAGUGGUUAACUUUGAACAAUGAAUGGUAUAUGAAAAAGGGCAUUACAUUCAGUCCAGAAAAUCUGGUGAUGUUGGUGAAGGGUAGCAACAAUGUAGGGGUACUGCAGGGAAUAGAGAUUACCCAUCUCUGGGAUGGGGACAAGACAACUGAUGCUGGCACUUGCAUGGAUUGGUCUACCUUGGCAUCAGAUCUUGUAACUGAAAUGGUCACAUACAUGGAUGGUGAUCAUUCCGAGUGGCCCUGGCAUGCAAUGAAGGCUACUGCACUGGCCCAUGCACUUAAUCACAAAAGCUUUUUGGAUGCAACAUUUCCUUUCAUAUGUUGGAAUAUCCUGCAAAAGCGAGCAGCAAGAUGUCUGGGAGGUGGAGGCAAGUAUAACAAUGUUGGCAGAGAAACUGGAGAGGAAUCCCAAAGUGAAGGUGGACUCAAUCAAGGAGAAGAGGGCUUUACAAUUGUUCUGUGA